AUGGUGCGCGCCGCGGGCGCGAUGGAGGCCGCUGCCAAGGCGCAGGAGGACCUGGCGCAGCAACAGCAGGCGGGGCUGAGAUUGGGCUUGCAGGGGAGAAGCAUGAUGCCAUCGCCAUACGAGCAGCAGGAUUUUGCUCAUAGGCAGGCAGGCCUUCAGGCAGGAGAGUCCUCCGUGGGUGGGGCACCAGACCCCACUGCAGUUGACGAGGCAUUGAAAGACCUGGCUGCGUGGUUUAACCAGCAGAACAGCAGCUCAGCAGCUGGCCCCUCCCAGGCACAUGAGGGCAGCCAGACAGUGCAGCUGCUCACGAUGCUGCAGGAGCUGAUCAAGACACAACGGGAGGGCGGACAACCCCCUGGCAGCGCCCGGGCCUCCUCCUUGGACCUGCAGCAGCCGCGGCGGCAGCAGCAAGCCCAUUCAAGUCUAUACUCCAGGCUGUCUGUGGACAGCAUCACCUCUCAGCUGCAGGGCCAGUUGUGCCUUGGCUCACACAGGCCUAGCCCCUCUGUGCAGGCACUGCAGAGAGAGGCUGACCCUGUGCAGUCGGGUGCAAUGCGCGUUGCGGUGACAUCUGAGGGCCAGGGCCUGCUGUGGGAUCCAGGCAGGUCAGACCUCCAGAGGCGUCUGUCUCUGGAUAGUCGCCAUUGGGGACACCAGUACUGA